AGAUUUUGAAAAUUUUGGAAAAAUAUGAAGACUUUGGUGAGAUAUGGAGGUUUUGGCAAAAUAUAGAGAUUUCAGCAGAAUAUAGAGAUUUUGAUAAUUUGACAUGGAAUUCUCAGUUUGGCAAAAUA